GAGAGAGAGGGAGUAGAGGUGACUGAGGUUUGAGUGUAUUUAAGGACGUUACAAACAUUUCAGAGCUCAAUUUAGUUGAGAUUAUUAUUGACUUUCUUUUUGGGAGCCAUGAUGGCUAUCUCAGCUCUCCUCAUGCCCCUGGUCAUGUUCUUGGGCCGAACAUCUGGAGCUGAUGUAGAUCCAACAUUGCCUUUCUCUGAGCAUCUUGACUCAAACCAUAACGUCCUCCUCAGGUGGGGUUUCGACUUGCUGAAGGACACCAUCACGUUCCAGGUGACAGUGAACACCACGGGCUGGGUCGGCUUUGGGUUCAGUCCCAAUGGAGGAAUGGCUGGAUCGGAUAUCGUCAUCGGAGGAGUCGGACCCGGUGGGAUAUAUUUUUCGGACAGAAAUGCAGCCGGGAAUUUCAUGCCAGCUCUGGAUAAGCAGCAGGACUCGAAAGUCCUCUCUCUGACCGAAGGGAACGGGCAAACCGUGAUGAAGUUCCAGCGAUCCAUCAAAGCCUGUGAUGAAAAUGACUUUCCCAUCACUGACAAGCCGAUAAAGCUGAUCUAUGCCUAUGGAACCACCGAUGACAUCAGCUAUCACCAAUCCUGGAGAGGCACGAAGGAAGUGAACCUUCUGAACUACAUGCACCGGACCAGCGUCCCUGAGAGCAAAUACUUCAAAAUGACCGUGACCAACUUUACGAUACCCGCCGUAAGCACUUACUACCACUGCAAGGUUAUGCCACUUCCAGAGUUUGACAGGAAAUACCACAUCUACCGUAUAGAACCAGUGAUCCAGAACCUGGACUUAGUGCAUCACAUAUUGCUGUACCGAUGUCCACCUUCAGUGACCAAGCUCUCUGAGACGCAGUGUUACACUACGGAAACAAAGUGCUUGCAGGCCAUCGCUGUUUGGGGCGUCGGAGGAGAGGCUUCUGAAUUUCCUGAAGCAGCUGGACUUCCUGUGGGUGAGGGUGGAAAUGGGACCCUCUACAGGCUUGAAGUGCACUACAACAACCCUAACAAGAUCGCAGGUGUUGUUGACAACUCAGGCUUGCGGUUUUACUACACGGCUCAGCUGCGGCAGUUUGAUGCUGGCGUGCUGCAGACGGGACUCAUGGUGACAUCUGGGAAGGUCUACGGAAUCCCACCAAACACUACAUCCUUCCUCACCUACAGCCUGUGUGACACCAGCUACAUUCCACAGGCCCUCUCCCAGUUGCCUACAGGAGCUAAGGACCUGCAGGUUUUUGCAGCUUUCUUGCACACACACCUGGCAGGAAGGAAGGUGCGAGUUGGACAAUUCAGAGACGGAGAACAGAUUGAUGUCUUAGUGCAGAGCGAACACUAUAAUUUUGACUUCCAGCAAUUGACAAACCUGGGAAAAACCAAAACGGUCAAGCUGGGAGACAACCUGGUGGUGGAGUGCACCUAUGACACCUACAAUCGGUCAGGACUGACCUGGGGAGGUCUGGGAACUAAUAAUGAGAUGUGUCUGGCUUUUCUCUACUACUACCCCGCUCUGGAGCUCAGCACCUGUGAAAGCUUCCCAAAAUUACAGAUGCUCAUGAGCGAGAUGGGAGCCGCUAAUGCCACAGACUGGUUGAAAAUAAUGAGCAUGAAGAUGUGGGAUAACAGCUCAAUCCUGGAGUAUCAGGAAAUGCUGAAGAGGAUUGAACAGUUCAUCUUCGUUGGAAACAUAGAGACCAAGUUGCAGAACACUGGGAAGAUUCCUGACCUCAAACUGUCUCCGUCCAGCAGCUGUAAAAGAAGCAGAGCUCAGAUCCAGAGAGCUCUUCCGGAGAUCCUGCUGCUCGGACUGAUGCUCUCACUGAUCCUGUCCUAACAUCUUCACCUGCCAAACAACCCACAGACUCUGAAUGACAAGUGUCAUGAUUAGAGGAUAUUCACUGGAUUAAAUCAUUAAACCUGCUAGAAAAUGACUUUAUAUUAUAUAACAUACUAUCAUAUAUGAAUAGAAUCAGCUCUAGCACAGUUGUCAUUGUGUGGAUCAGAUGCAUGUCUUGAUCUAAACUGCUGCGACUUUAUUCAGUCUAAAUCUCAGUUUAAAGAACUGGAUGUGUUUUCAAAGAAAUGUAGACGGAAACCAGCAGAUUUCUGUGUCUGGGCUGUUUGUUUGUUUGUUUGUUUUUUGGAUACAAGAACAAAAAUAAACCCUAAAAACAAA